AUGGUAGAGAUACUGCCACCUGCUGUUCUGCUGGUGUUGACAGUGUCUGUGGUCGCCAACGAUAACACAAAGUGUUAUGGCCCCUGUGGGUUACGGUUCAGGCAGAACCUACAAGGGAGCAUCCGCAUCAUCGGAGGGCAGAAUGCGGCGCUCGGGGCCUGGCCCUGGAUGGUCAGCCUCCAGGUCUCCUCUUACCACAACAACCAGAGGUAUCAUGCCUGCAGAGGCAGCUUGCUGAACUCCCACUGGCUGGUGACUGCUGCUCACUGCUUCAGGAACAAAAAAAGAGUAUAUGACUGGAGACUGAUUUUUGGAGCAAGGGAAAUUGAGUAUGGGAGCAAUAAGCCAGUGAAGCCACCUCUGCUGGAGAGACGUGUCAAGCAAAUCAUCAUUCAUGAAAAAUAUUCCCCUCAUUCAGAGGCAAACGACAUCGCUCUCUUGAAGAUCACCCCUCCUGUUCCAUGUGGGCACUUCAUUGGACCAGCCUGCCUGCCCCAAUUUAGGGCAGGCCCACCCAGAGUUCCUCAGACCUGCUGGCUGGCUGGCUGGGGAUUCUUAAAUGAGAAUGUCGUGAUUUUUAAAACCAGAACAAGGCAAGCUGUGGCCGUAGGCCAGAUAUGA